AUGCUGCUUUGGCUGAUUUUUUGUGUGGUCGAAGAAAAGAAGUCAGAACCAGCCAAGGAGACGACAGAAACUGUGGAGACAAAGGACGAGACGACGGUGGGUGACGUCGUUGACGUCAAGAAAGGAAUGACGGUCACCAACAUGCGCAGGCAGCAGAGCGGGCACGUCCUGCAGCACACUGCGACCGAUGUCUUGGUGAAAUAUGACGAUGGCAAGACUGAGUGGACCGAGAUCGAGGACCUGCAAAAGAUGGUGGUUGACGCAGUGAAGGAGAAGGAUAAAUUGCCAGAAGUCACCUUUGAGGGUGCAGGUGACAACAAGGGAUUGUGCUCCUGUGGAUUCUUCUGA